AUGCGCAACUUGACACUCGGACGCUUCCUGGUCGGGCAAGGUGGUUAUCCACGGUCCGGCAUCAAGUCAGCGCCACCUGCCGGCAUAAUAGGUUUCCCGGGAGCUGCCGUCGGUGCGAUACCGUUUGUGUUUCCCUUCGCUCCGCUGGGGCUCGGUUUGUUCGAUACCGAUCCGCAACGACUACUCUCGCUGCUCCAUCACCAGUCAGCGCUAGCUGAGGAAGCACUCCGCUACCGUAGCUUACUGUUCGGUGGUACCAGCGCUGGUGACAUAGGUCCCGGUUCACCGACAGCAACCUCAUCCCAGCCACCCCUUCUAGACGAUUGUAAAGAACCGCUUAAUCUCCACGCAACAACAACACCAGCAAACACCAACACAACCAGCGGCAAUAAUGCCCACGAUCGUUCAGAAAAGGCAAUGUCGAAUAUGUCGGGCACUUCUCCGAAGGUGGCUAUGACAAUGAUACGCGUGCGUGAUGGUCUCACCAAGGAAGGGUUCCGUAAUGGUGGUGGUGAAGAGUUGCUGCUACGCAAACCACCACCUCCAACACCUUCGGUGUCGACCAGUUCGUUCGCCCCUUCCUCGUCCUCCUCUUCCUCCACGUGUGACGAUGCACUUUCGCUGUUUCGCGAUGUCCGUCAGCUUAGCGGUGGAUCACCAACGCCAGCGACAUCUACCGGUACGCCAACAGCCUCUACCGACACCAAAUGUCACAUCUGUAUGGCCAACUUUCCGUCCGUGUGGUUGCUGGAGCAGCACUCUGCUCUGCAACAUCCCCACCUGACGAUCCACGACGACAAACCAUACUUGUGCGGGCUGUGCGGACAGAAGAGUCGGUACGCAUGUUGUCGCUACCGCACCGUACUGGCGAAGCACCACCGCACCGAACCGGGUGGGCGUAGUCGUGUGCCGGCAGACAAGCUGUUUACCUGUGACGUGUGCGGCAUGCAGUUCCGGUAUCUGAAGUCGUUCAAGAAGCACCGACUGAACCACGCACUGGAGCGUUUGCAUGGGAAGAAGGGUUCGGGUGGUGUUGGUGCGACACCGGCCGACAGUGAGCCGGCUGUGUCGAGUACGAACGAGGGCGGUGAUGGUGCCGCCGCCAGCAGUGCAAUGGUGGCUGAUCUGCGUAGCUUGACAGCCUGUGCCGACGGUGAUGCGGAAAGUGUCCAUGGGGAAGGCGGUCUGUGUGUGCAGGAGAAGUCUGCGACGGUGUGCGGUGAGAUAGCAGUGGCAGGCAGCACGGUAACGACGGGUGGCGACGAGCAAGACGAUACGGUUUCCGACUCUGCCCUGAACCAAACAAGCACGGUAGAGGACUCUGCUGGACCAUCAUCGGGCGCUGGAACCGUCGAUGAUACGCAGGCUAAGAUAAGCAGUAGCAGCAACAGUGCGACCAGCACGACGCGAAACACCAACUGUCACACAAACGGUAUUUCGAACCACUGCACUAAUGGCGGCGGCGGUGGAAAUGUUGGCAGCUGUCAAACUAAUAGUAACAGCACAGGUGUUACGCGAAUGGUCCAGUCCCCGAUGGAGGCCGCAAACGAAACACUCCUCGCCGGGGAGCUCAAGCGCUAUCAGGUAGCAGCCGUUGCUGCAGCGGCCGCCGCUGCCAACUCGGCCGCCCAUCACCAUGCGUCUGUUGUUCGUUCGAUGGAGGCAGAGUCAAGCAGUGCACAUGCAACCGGUGGUGGUGGUGGCGGUGGUGGCAGCAGUGGAGGUGUACUGCAGCAUGGUCUCUCUCCAUCCGGCAGCUCAACCGGACCGAGUUCCCUGAGUCACACACUAAACAGUCUGAUCAACGCGGAAACAAUACCGCACCAUCGGCUGCUCGGACUGGACCCGCAAGAAGCCUCCAUACUGAACUUUCUGCGUGUGGAUGCGGCCGAGAAGCAGCGCGAUCGACGCUUCGCCUGCCCGUUCUGCGGUAAGUGUGUGCGGUCGAAGGAAAACCUGAAGCUGCACGUCCGCAAACACACCGGCGAGCGACCGUUCGUGUGUCUCUUCUGUGGCCGUGCGUUCGGUGGCAAGUCGGACCUGACGCGCCAUCUACGCAUCCACACGGGCGAACGGCCGUACCAUUGUGAGGCGUGCGGUAAGUGUUUCGCCCGGGCCGACUACCUCUCGAAGCAUCUGACCACGCACGUGCACCAGCUGUCACCGCGCCCGUGA